UUCAAGUCAUUAGAAACGAUAAGAACCAAUUGAAAUUGCUUAAAUCUAUAACCACUGCAGCAAGUCCUAACCAAGAAGACUUUUGCAUUCGACCUAUAGAUUUAAAUGAUGAUUAUUCUCAUAUAGGAUGA